AUGCCUCCUCCUCACACAGGAUUUGAAUUGUCUUCUAAAAUCUUUACGCUUUUGACUGAGUGGAAAGUUGAUAAAAAGAUUUUUUCCAUUACUUCGGAUAAUGCUUCUUCUAAUGAUACUUGUGUUGAACACUUGAAAAGUACUUUGGAUGUGCAUGGUUCAUUGUUGUGUGGUGGUGAAUUCUUUCAUGUUCAUUGCUCUGCUCAUAUUUUAAAUCUUAUUGUCCAAGAUGGAAUGAAAAUAUGUGGUGAUGCAGUGUCUAAGAUUAGAGAGGGUAUUAAGUUUCUGAGAAAAUCUGAAAGUCGAAUGGUUAAGUUUAAAGAAUGUUUUGAAGAUAUUGAGGGACUUGAGUAUACGACUGCAUUAUGUUUAGAUGUUCCUACUAGGUGGAAUUCACUUUAUGCAAUGCUUGCAAGUGCUAUUCCUUACAAGAAAGCUUUUGAAAUGUAUAAAGUAAAAGAAGCUGGGUUUAGGGAGUUUUGUCCUUCAUCAGAUGAGUGGAGAAGAACUGAAAAGAUAUGUGAUUUCUUGUUACCAUUUUACGAAACUACCAAGUUGAUGUCUGGAACUUCUUACCCAACAUCCAACUUGUAUUUUUUACAAGUUUGGCAAAUCCAGCUGAUUUUAAUGAAUAGUUUGAAGAAUGAUGAAGUGCUUAUAAGGAACAUGGGAGAAAAAAUGAUGAUUAAGUUCAAUAAAUAUUGGGAAGAAUACAGUGUUGUUCUUGCAUUUGGGGCAGUUCUUGAUCCUAGAUUUAAACUCAACACUUUGGUUCAUUGCUAUAAUGAGAUUGAUCCUAUUAGUGCUAAAGACAAAGUGGAGCUUGUGAAGAAUAAGUUAUACAAGCUUUUUGAGGUUUAUGACCAAAAUUCCUCUACAACUGUAGAGAGUUCUUCCCAACUUUCAAGUAAUUUUUCUCAAGCAACAUCUUCUGCAAUUGGAACUCAGCUUAUUAAAAUUGUUGGUGAUUUGAUGUCCCGUAAUCAAGAAGCUGAAGUGAAAAGUGGAAAGAACCAACUGGAUAUUUAUUUGAGUGAGGCAACAUUAUUUUGCAAUGAUGCAAUCAUUGAUGUUUUGCAAUGGUGGAAAGACAACCAUCAUCGUUUUCCAACACUAUCACUAAUGGCACGAGAUUUGUUGAGCAUUCCUAUUACUACCGUGGCUUCAGAAUCUGCAUUUAGCAUGGGUUCUCAUGUUUUGAAUAAGUAUAGAAGUCGUUUGUUGUCAGAUAAUGUUGAAGCGGUGAUUUGCACCAGAAAUUGGAUACGUGGAUAUGAUUUUGAGGAAGAUAAAGAUCAGGAAGAUAUUGCAAAAGGAGAAGGCUAUUCUUCAGGAGUUGGUUCCAAUGAUGUUAUUGACUUAUAUGAAGAUGAAGAUGAAAAUUAA